AUGCACAUGCUCAAGAAGGCAUUGUUGCCUGCCCCCACGUGGUUCGAGCACGUCAGCAUGCUGGUCAUCAUGCUCAACUGCGUCACCCUGGGCAUGUUCCGGCCAUGCGAGGACGUCAAGUGCCGCUCGGAGCGCUGCAGCAUCCUGGAGGCCUUCGACGACUUCAUCUUCGCCUUCUUCGCGGUGGAGAUGGUCAUCAAGAUGGUCGCCCUGGGGCUGUUCGGGCAGAAGUGCUACCUGGGCGACACGUGGAACAGGCUGGACUUCUUCAUCGUCAUGGCGGGCAUGAUGGAGUACUCCCUGGAUGGACACAACGUGAGCCUCUCCGCCAUCCGAACAGUACGGGUGCUGCGACCCCUCCGCGCCAUCAACCGUGUGCCCAGUAAGUGACCGCCCCUUCCGGACCUGGGGCCGGCCUUUGUNNNCUGCUUCUUCGUCUUCUUCAUCUUCGGCAUCGUGGGCGUCCAGCUGUGGGCCGGCCUGCUGCGCAACCGCUGCUUCCUGGACAGCGCCUUCGUCAGGAACAACAACCUCACCUUCCUGCGGCCGUACUACCAGACAGAGGAGGGCGACGAGAACCCCUUCAUCUGCUCCUCGCGCCGAGACAACGGCAUGCAGAAGUGCUCGCACAUCCCCAGCCGCCGUGAGCUGCGCGUGGAGUGCACGCUGGGCUGGGAGGCCUACGGGCAGCUGCAGGCCGAGGGCAUGGGCAGCACCAGCCACAACGCCUGCAUCAACUGGAACCAGUACUACAACGUCUGCCGCUCCGGCGACUCCAACCCCCACAACGGCGCCAUCAACUUCGACAACAUCGGCUACGCCUGGAUCGCCAUCUUCCAGGUGAUCACGCUGGAGGGCUGGGUGGACAUCAUGUACUACGUCAUGGACGCCCACUCCUUCUACAACUUUAUCUACUUCAUUCUGCUCAUCAUCGUGGGCUCCUUCUUCAUGAUCAACCUGUGCCUGGUGGUGAUCGCUACGCAGUUCUCAGAGACGAAGCAGCGGGAGAACCAGCUGAUGCGGGAGCAGCGCGCCCGCUACCUGUCCGACGACAGCACGCUGGCCAGCUUCUCAGAGCCAGGCAGCUGCUAUGAGGAGCUGCUCAAGUACGUGGGCCACAUCUGCCGCAAGGUCAAGCGGCGCAGCCUGCGCCUCUAUGCGCGCUGGCAGAGCCGCUGGUGCCAGAAGGUGGAGCCCAGCAGCCCCCACAGCAGCCCACGCCGGCCCAGCCCUGAGCAAGGCACCGGAGACACCAGUCUGGUCCGGGCUAGAGCGCUGCCCUCACCACCCUCGCCCAGCCCCGGGCCGCUGGAUGCCGAGUCAGUGCACAGCGUGUACCAUGCGGACUGCCACGUGGAAGGGCCGCAGGAGCGGGCUCAGGUGGUACAGGCUGCGGCCACCGCCGCCAGCCUCAAGCUGGCCAUGGGGCUGGGCACCAUGAAUUACCCCACCAUCCUGCCCUCAGCACCUGGUAGCGGCAAAGGCGGCACCAGCCCCAGGUCCAAGGGGAAGCGGGCCAGUCGGCCACCAGGAGCUGGAGGACACAGCUCCCUCAGCCUGAGCAGCCACGACCCCUAUGAGAAGAUCCAGCAUUUGGUUGGGGAACAUGGACUGGGCCAGGCCUCCAGCCGCCUGUCAGGCCUGAGUGUGCCCUGCCCCCUGCCCAGCCCCCAGGCGGGCACGCUGACCUGCGAGCUGAAGGACUGUCCUUACUGCGCUAGUGCCCUGGGAGACCCCGAGUUUGAGUUCAGCGACUCGGAGAGCGGAGACUCGGACGGCAACGCGGUCUAUGAGUUCACACAGGAUGUGCGGCACGGGGACCACCGCGACCCCAUGCAGCCGACCCCAGUGGCCGGCACACCCGCCCAGGGCAGUGUGCGGAGGCGGGCCCAGCAGCGGGUGGCCUCUGGCAAGCCUGGUGGGCUCAGCCACGUGUGGGCUACCGUCAGUGGCAAACUGCGCAGGAUCGUGGACAGCAAGUACUUCAACCGCGGCAUCAUGAUGGCCAUCCUCACCAACACCCUGAGCAUGGGCAUUGAGUACCACGAGCAGCCGGACGAGCUGACCAACGCCCUGGAGAUCAGCAACAUCGUGUUCACCAGCAUGUUCGCCCUGGAGAUGCUGCUGAAGCUGCUGGCCUGCGGCCCGCUGGGCUACAUCCAGAACCCCUACAACAUCUUCGACGGUGUCAUCGUGGUCAUCAGCGUCUGGGAGAUCAUCGGGCAGGCGGACGGCGGGCUGUCGGUGCUGCGGACCUUCCGGCUGCUGCGGGUGCUGAAGCUGGUGCGCUUCAUGCCCGCGCUGCGGCGCCAGCUGGUGGUGCUCAUGAAGACCAUGGACAACGUGGCCACCUUCUGCAUGCUGCUCAUGCUCUUCAUCUUCAUCUUCAGCAUCCUGGGUAUGCACCUCUUCGGCUGCAAGUUCAGCCUGAAGACGGACACUGGAGACACGGUCCCCGACAGGAAGAACUUUGACUCCCUGCUGUGGGCCAUCGUCACCGUGUUCCAGAUCCUCACCCAGGAGGACUGGAACGUCGUCCUCUACAACGGCAUGGCCUCCACCUCCUCCUGGGCCGCCCUCUACUUUGUUGGCUCCCGCCCAAGGGGAACCUCACACCUGCUCUGUGGGGCGCAGGGCGACGCCAACAGGUCUGACACAGACGAAGACAAGACGUCCACUCACUUGGAAGAGGAUUUCGACAAGUUCAGAGACCUCAGGGCCACAGAGAUGAAGAUGUACUCCCUGGCUGUGACCCCCAACGGGCACCUGGAGGGCCGGGGCAGCCUGCCCCCUCCAGUCAUCAUGCGCACGGCGGCCACGCCCAUGCCCACCCCCAAGAGCUCUCCGAACUUGGACACGGCCCAUGGCCUCCUGGACUCACGGCGUGGCAGCAGCAGCUCUGUGGACCCUCAGCUGGGGGACCAGAAGUCUCUGGUAGGGACUGCCCCCAGUUCCUCAUGGCCUUCCCCAAAGAUGAUGGACAUGCAGCCCCUGCGGCCGGCCACCCUGCUGCCCACCAAGCUCCAUGACUGCAACGGGCAGAUGCUGGCCCUGCCCAGCGAGUUCUUCCUGCGCAUAGACAGCCACAAGGAGGACCCAGCCGAGUUUGACGACGACAUGGAGGAUAGCUGCUGCUCACGCCUGCGCAAGGUGCUGGAGCCCUACAAGCCCGAGUGGUGUCGGAGCCGUGAGCCCUGGUCGCUGUAUCUGUUCUCCCCGCAGAACAGGUUCCGUGCCUCCUGCCAGAAAAUCAUUGCUCACAAGAUGUUUGAUCAUGUCGUCUUGGUUUUCAUCUUCCUCAACUGUAUCACCAUCGCCCUGGAGAGGCCGGACAUUGACCCAGGAAGCACCGAGCGCGUCUUCCUCAGCGUCUCCAACUAUAUCUUCACGGCAAUCUUCGUGGCUGAGAUGACGGUGAAGGUACCUGCCCCUCAGAGAUGGCCACACCCUCGGCAUGCCCAGCAGCAGCCCCCCUCUGCCCUGUGCAGGGUCAUCAGCCGUGCCCCUGGCCUCAAGCUGGUGGUGGAGACCCUGAUAUCGUCCCUCAGGCCCAUCGGCAACAUCGUCCUCAUCUGCUGCGCCUUCUUCAUCAUCUUCGGCAUUCUGGGGGUGCAGCUCUUCAAGGGCAAGUUCUACUACUGCGAGGGCACUGACACCAGGAACAUAUCCACCAGGGCAGACUGCCGGGCUGCCCACUACCGCUGGGUGCGGCGCAAGUACAACUUCGACAACCUGGGCCAGGCGCUGAUGUCCCUGUUCGUGCUCUCCUCCAAGGACGGCUGGGUGAACAUCAUGUAUGACGGGCUGGACGCGGUGGGCAUAGACCAGCAGGUGCGGGCAGGCCGUGGGCAGCCCUGGCCCUUCCUGUGGACCCUUUGGGGAUCCUCUGGGUCGCCUCAGGGAACCACCUCCGAAACCUUCUGGAGAGUUCCGUGUCAUGGGGCCCCUUCUUUGGCCCUGCAGGCUGAGCACCGCGGGGCCCUGGGGCGUGGCUGUCCCUGGGCAGGGCCCUCGGGCCGCGGGCGCCCACGCAUCCUCAUGUGGUUCACACCCAUGAGUAAGGCCACGAGGGUGGGGAAACCAGCAAAGCUGUCCAAGACAGAGAGAGAGUGGGUCUUAGGGAGGCCCUACCCAGCUUGGGAGCAAGCAAGGAGGGCUUCCUGCAGGAGGGGGCCGCUGAGUGUCCCGCCCACCGCAGCCAGCUCAGACCAUCUCCUUGUCUUUCCAGGCACUUUGCCCAACCCAGAGGCCCAGCGCCGGCCCUACUACGCUGACUACUCGCCCACCCGCCGCUCCAUCCACUCGCUGUGCACCAGCCACUACCUCGACCUUUUCAUCACCUUCAUCAUCGGGGUCAACGUCAUCACCAUGUCCAUGGAGCACUACGACCAGCCCAAGUCGCUGGACGAGGCCCUCAAGUACUGCAACUACGUGUUCACCAUUGUCUUCGUCAUUGAGGCGGUGCUGAAACUGGUGGCGUUUGGGUUCCGGAGAUUCUUCAAGGACAGGUGGAACCAGCUGGACCUGGCCAUCGUGCUGCUGUCCAUCAUGGGCAUCACACUGGAGGAGAUCGAGAUGAGCGCGGCACUGCCCAUCAACCCCACCCUCAUCCGCAUUAUGCGUGUGCUCCGCAUCGCCCGCGUGCUGAAGCUGCUCAAGAUGGCCACAGGCAUGCGGGCCCUGCUGGACACGGUGGUUCAAGCCCUGCCCCAGGUAGGGAACCUCGGCCUACUUUUCAUGCUCCUGUUUUUUAUCUAUGCUGCCCUGGGAGUGGAGCUGUUCGGGAGGCUUGAGUGCACUGAGGACAACCCCUGUGAGGGCCUGAGCCGGCACGCCACCUUCUCCAACUUCGGCAUGGCCUUCCUCACGCUGUUCCGCGUGUCCACGGGGGACAACUGGAACGGGAUCAUGAAGGACACGCUGCGCGAGUGCGUCCGGGAAGACAAGCACUGCCUCACCUACCUGCCCGCCAUCUCGCCCAUCUACUUCGUCACCUUCGUGCUGGUGGCCCAGUUCGUGCUGGUCAACGUGGUCGUGGCCGUGCUCAUGAAGCACCUGGAGGAGAGCAACAAGGAGGCCCGUGAGGACGCCGAGCUGGACGCGGAGCUCGAGCUGGAGAUGGCGCAGGGGCCGCCCGCGGGUCCCAGGCCCGUAGCCCCGCAGAGCCCGGGCACCGGCCCUGACGCCCCCAACCCCCUGGUGGCUCGAAAGGUGUCUGUGUCCAGGAUGCUCUCUCAGCCCAAUGACAGCUACAUGUUCCGGCCCGUAGCACCCGCCUCAGCCCCUCACCCCCACCCGCUGCAGGAGGUGGAAAUGGAGACCUACGUGGGCACCACCUCUGGUAAGACCCCCAGAGACAGCUGGAGAAAUUGGGAGGCCCUGCACACCAACUCCCUGGAAGCCCAGGCUGACAGCCCUGCGGACUGCGGCCUGGACUCGGGGGAACCUGACGGGAAGACCCCCACCGGACAGGCGUCCCUGGGGGACUCCCUGCG